GUUGCCGUGGCAACCGUUUUAGGCGUAAAUCGUUCACUUAUCGCGUUCUCUCCCUGGACUAUUGUCGGUUUUGUUAAUUUUGGUUUUCCACCAGGGUUUAUUUUAAAAUAAUCAUUGUAUAUAUAUUAUAGUUUUUAACAAGCGUCGUUUUCUUUGAAGGCGAACGCGUCUCGUGUGCUAACUAGCUUCCUAGCUAACGUUAGCAUGUCGAGCUAAUCUGCUUGAGUGGAUAAUCCUGAUAUUUCUUGCUCUUCAGGGAUGGCAAUUCAGGACUCACGGAUGUGCCCGGUUGUUGUUUAUGUGGAUGGGUAACUGUGUAAUUUGGCAUCACUCUUUCCUCCACUGAAGAACUUUCGCCAAAAAACAUGGAGAUUAAUCUUAAUCGAGUUGAUUACAUCCAGGUUGGUGUGACAUCCCAGAAAACGAUGAGGUUGUUGCCAGCACUUGGGAAAACUCAGAAGGUUGUUGUAGCAGACAACGAUGGCAUCCUGACAUGUUUUGGGAUGAAGAAGGGAGAGGCGGUGCCUGUGUUCAAAACACUUCCGGGUCAGAAAAUAUCUCGAAUGGACCUCGGAGGAGCUGCGGGAACCCCCCAGGAGAAGAUCUUUGUCUGCUCUGGUUCUCAAGUGCGAGGGUUCACCAAGAAAGGCAAACAGUUCCUCACCUUUGACACCAACCUCACCGAGAGCAUCAACGCCAUGCACGUGUCCGGUGCUGACCUGUUUGUGUGUGCAAGUUACAUCUACAACCACUACUGCGACUGCAAGGACCAGGACUACUUCCUGUCAGGAGACAAGAUCAACGACAUCACCUGUUUGACCUCGGAGACCCUCAGCCGUCCUGUUCCGGUUCUGGCAUGUCAAGACCGGGUCCUCAGGGUCCUGCAGGGAUCUGAGCUGGCCUACGACGUGGAAGUCCCUGGACCGCCGUCUGUGCUGGAACGCUACAACAAAGAUGGAGGAGAGGACAUCCUCUACGGCACAACAGAUGGGAGAAUAGGACUUGUUCAGAUCGGGGAGACAACGGCAGCCACCAAAUGGAAGAUUGACAGCGUCGGAAAGAAAGGAGGAAUCCUCUGCAUCGACACCUACGACAUCGUGGGUGAUGGCGUGAGUGACAUUCUGGUGGGCCGUGAUGAUGGGACGGUGGCCAUUUACGGAUUUGAUGGCGCCAACGAGCCCACGCUACGCUAUGAGCACGCCUUGUCCGAGAGUGUGACCUCCAUCCAGGGAGGCUGUGUAGGGAAGGAGUCCUAUGAUGAGGUCUUGACGGUCACCUAUGCAGGCUGGGUGAUGGGUCUGACCACGGAGCCCCAAAAGGCUGAAGUGGGUCCCGGAGAUGAGGUCCACAUGAGCAAAGAGACCCAGUCCAAACUGGAAGCCCUGAGACUGGAGCUCGAGCAACUGCAGGUGAAAGUUCAGCAGGGCCGCGAACAGCACCAGCAGACCUUGUUGUCCAAGACGGCCGUCUGCGUGGUGCCCACCUUCAGCAUCAACGACAAGUUCAUACUCUGCCAGGACGACGCCAGCUACAGCCUCACGCUGGAAGUGCAGACCGCCAUCGACAACCUGCUGCUCCAGAGCGACGUCCCCAUCGACCUCCUGGACGUCGACAACAACUCCUCAGUGGUUAGCUUUAGCGAGUGCGAUUCAGAGCAGCCCAAUGGCAACUUCCUGUUGGCUACAUACAGAUGUCAGGCUAACACCACCAGACUGGAGAUGAAGGUGAGAUCCAUCGAGGGACAGUACGGCACCUUGCAGGCUUACGUCACCCACAGACUGCAGCCUAAGACGUGUCAAGUCCGCCAGUACCAGAUCAAACCCCUCUCUCUGCACCAACGCGCACACAGCAUGGACCAGGAGAGACCCAUGAACAGGCUCAGUCUGGUGGGACAGUUCAGUUUCGCAGAGAUCCACUCCUGGGUGGUGUUCUGUUUGCCGGAGGUGCCUGAGAAGACUCCGGCGGGGGAGAGCGUCACCUUCUACUUCCAUAACACCUUCCUGGGAACGCAGCUGCAGGCCACCUACUGCAAAGGAGAGGGUCACUUCAAGUCGGACAACAUCUCCACUAUCUCCAUCCUGAGCGAUGUUCUCUCCAAGGAAGCCACCAAACGCAAAAUCAACCUAAAUGUUUCUUACGAUAUCAACGACGACUCUGUGACCCACACCCUAAAGAUGAUCCAUCCUAAACUGGAGUACCAGUUGGUGCUGGCUAGAAAGGUUCAGCUUAUCGAUGCGCUGAAGGAGCUGCAGGUUCACGAAGGCAACGCAGAUUUCCUCAUCUCGGAAUAUCGCAGCAUUCUGGAUGAGUCUGCCAGUCUCCUGGAGGAAUACAAGAAGCAGCCGGCGCACCUGGAGAGGCUCUAUGGCAUGAUCACCGACCUCUUCAUCGAUAAAUUCAAGUUCAAAGGUCAGAAUGUGAAAACCAAAGUGUCGUCACUCCUGGAGAUCCUGGACAAUUACGAUUUAAAUUCCCUUUUGGACUUUUUCAACGAGGCAUAGCUACUUUAUGUGUGUAUAUUUAAAUGAUGAUGUGACUGUAGAUCAUGCUAUGCUAUCAGCUAGGAUGUCAUAUUUCAAUAUUUUCAUACAAGUGUGAUUAUGAUUAAUAAA